UGUAAUAAAACGUAUUAUAGAGUCAGCAAGAAGUUAUUUAGAUUAAACUGUGCUGUGAUAACAAUCGGACGGAGUCUUCUCCAAAAUGAAAGCCGUAGUGUUCGAUGGUAAAAGUCUAACCCUUAAAUAUGACGAGAACUAUCCCAUGCCGAAGAUAGAAAAGGACACAGAUGUUAUAGUGAAGGUCGAAUAUUCGGGAGUGUGUGGUACAGACCUACAUAUAAUUCAGGGGGAGUUUCCGGCAUCAAAAGAAAAGCCUUUACCACUUGGACAUGAGUUCAGUGGUACCAUAACUGAGGUUGGCAAGAAAUCCGCCUUCAAAGUUGGACAGAAAGUUGUUGUUGAUCCUAACUGCGCCUGCAACCUCUGCACCUUCUGCCGUAACGGUAACUACCAAUACUGUCUCACAGCUGGAAUCAAUAGUACGAUCGGUAUCUUCAGAGAUGGUGGUUGGGCACAGUAUGUGAAAUGUCCUCAAGAACAGGUGUAUGCACUGCCUGAUGGGAUUACUACUGAGCAGGCUGGUCUCUGCGAGCCGUAUUCCUGUGUAGCUCAUGGCUACGACAGAGCCUCUCCAAUACCUGUUGGUUCUAAAAUACUUAUUGUUGGGGCUGGAAUUAUUGGAAACUUAUGGAUAACAACAUUACAUUUACAAGGACAUCGGGAUGUUACUGUCUCAGAAAUGAACAAAACCAGACUUGAAAUUGUAACGAAACUUGAAACCGGUUACAGGCUGGUUACACCGGACGUUUUGGCGGUGGAAAAACAAUUAUAUGACAUCAUUAUUGAUUGCACAGGCGUAGGUAAAGUGAUGGAAAUAAGCUUCAAUUAUCUCCGUCACGGCGGGAAAUACGUCGUUUUCGGUUGCUGCCCGCCGAACCAUCAAGCUUCAAUAAACCCUUAUAUUAUUUACGACAAGGAACUGACAAUAAUUGGUGUUAAAAUCAACCCCUUCAGUUUUCCAAAGGCCAUCGGCCUUCUUAGUGCAAUGGGAGAAAGAUAUCUGAAUUAUGAAAAACUCGGAGUGAAGACAUUCGCUUUGUCAGAGUACAAAGAUGCGUUGGUCGCGUUGAAGGCAGGAUCAAUUUCGAAGGCGAUAUUUAAAGUCGAAUAAAUAAUAAAGUAUUUUAAAACGUA